AUGCGCAAGAAAGCAACCGAGCGCGGGUCUUGCCUCACAAUCGAGACAGACGGAAAGACUCGAUGCCCCAAGGAGCCCGCCGACGGCGAUCGCUGCCGCACACAUCAAAAACAACAUCGAACGAUGUGCAAGCGUUACAAGGAGGCUGCCAAGAUCGUCGACGAGAUGCAAACCGCGGGUAUCCCAUUGCUCAAGCAGAUCGCAAGCUAUGACGAUCUUGACGUCGCAAAGAAGAAAGCUAAAUUGAUGAGGCAAUUUGUAGAAGCCGUAAGGGUGGAGCGGAUCGGUCGCGAAACCCAUCACAAGCGAUUUUUUCUGAAGAAUAUUAUGGACGCGCUGGAAGAGCGUGUGUUUGAUCUCCAGUAUGCAAAGGAUCCCGCCUACUCUUGGGUCAAAGACUUUCAGGAGCAAAGUUCGGCGGAGAUGGAAUCCUCAGAGAAGCUUGAUUCCCUUCUGCUUGCCGCAAUUCUAGCCAAGUCAGACCUUACCUCGAAAGACGCUAGGGUUACGGUGUCGGCCGAAGAAAGUGAAGAGGACGAUCCAAUCGAACUUGUCAUGCGAGCGUAUGGGGAGAAACGCGAAUACUUGAAGAAGUAUAGAUUUAUUAGAGAGAGCAGAGAAGAUUUUAUAGAGCGAAGUCUUUCGAAAGAAGACCGCAGAGACCAGGACUAUGUUCGUCACGUCAACAUCCAACGCGACAUUAUCUUGCAAUACACGCGACGCGUUCUGCUUCACGACCCCAUUCUUGUAUUGAAGGCAGACAAAAAAGUAUCAUUCAACGAUCUGUUCCUCGAUCCCAAUUUCACAGCUGAGGAUUUCAAACGGGUUGAACGGGGUCAGAUGAAGGCGCUGAUGGAAGGUAUGAUCUGGUGGAGGGAUGCGACUUUGGAAGCUCUCUCGCUCUGGCCAAAGAACUCAAAAGAGCAGAUUAGGACCACAGCCAACGUUGGCAAACUCGGUGAGCGGUUUCUGGUAUAUCACAUGUUGGGGGCAGAUGAUUCAUCCCAAAACCCAGAUGAUCGCUUCAAAUUAGUUGGGGGCUGGGUAUUCAAGACUCGACAUACUCGCAAGAUAACUAAUGAGGCCUGGUGGGUGAGUGACCUCACAGUCUUUGUCUCUUCGAUGAAUUGUUAA